UAUUAUAUCGGAUUUAUAACAUGGUUUUAAUAUUUAUUUGAUUUUUUCUUACUUUAAGUGACGUUGCCGUGUUAGUAAGAUGGUGCAGAACGUGUUCCGGUCGGGGUUUCUGGUCCGGAGCGCUCACACUUUGUUAACCUGGGUCGUAACUGUUAUUCUGUUCCUGCACAACACCGAUUUACGUAGAUGUGAGGAGCGAGGAGAGCUGCUGCUGCCGGCUCUCUUCUUUCUGCUCGUCCUGCUGUCAGUGCUGUUAUACUUCGCAGUCUCUUUAAUGGAUCCUGGAUUUGUUCUCACGGACACUGUGGGGGGGGGUCAAGGUUCGGAUGAAGAAAUGGAGGUGAUGAUUUCUGAGUCAUCGACCCCUCGGCUGCGGCGCUGUGGAUACUGUCUGCUGAAGCAGCCAAUGAGGGCGAAGCACUGCCAAGCGUGUAAACGCUGCGUACACCGCUUCGAUCACCACUGUCCCUGGAUCGAGAACUGCGUCGGGGAGAGGAACCACCGCUGGUUCGUGGUCUACCUGCUGGUGCAGCUGCUGGCCCUGCUGUGGGCUCUUCACAUCGCUCUGUCAGGGUUUUCUCCGAGCGCUUCGUGGGAUCUUUGGUUCAGAGCAAACGGGUUUCUUCUGGCGGCGCUGGGCGUCGUCGGGGUUUUCUCCGUGGUCGUGCUGCUUCUGCUGGGCUGCCACCUCUACCUGAUCUCCAUCAACUGCACCACCUGGGAGUUCAUGUCCCGUCACAGGAUCUCGUACCUGAAGAACUGCGGGGUGGAAGAGAACCCGUUCGACCGCGGCCUUUUCUGCAACCUGUGGGAUUUCUUUUGUAUUUGCAGGACGGUGAUGUGGGAGCAGGUCUACCUGAAAAAUGCUCCAAAUUCUGUCUGAAUUGAGACC